GAGAGAGAGAUCGAAGGAGAGAGAGAGAGGAAGAGAGAGAGAGAGAGAGAUCGAAGGAGAGAGAGAGAGAGACUGAUCGAUUUCGAAUGGGAUCGGAUCUGAUCAAAUCCUCGCUCUUCUACGCGGAUCAACGUCUCUGCUCCGCCGAGAUCCUCCCUCCUCCUCAGGUCCGAGCGAGGAUCGAGGUCGCCGUCCUUAAUUUCCUCAAGGCCCUCUCGUCCACAACCCCCGCCAUCUCCAAUCUCCCCAUGAUUAGCCGAAGAUCUGAUAACUGUGGGCUACGUAGUGGGUUAUUUAGUGAUGUUCCCUCCAUCUUUCUCUCCUAUAACUUCUGCAGAAGGUCUUUGAUGAGAGCGAAUGAUGCGAAGGCCUUUGUUAGAGUCUGGAAGGUUAUGCAAAUGUGCUUUCUAAUUCUUGGUGAGGGAAAGCUGGUCACCCAGCGUGAGCUCUUCUAUAAGCUCAUCUGCGACUCACCUGAAUACUUCACUUCUCAAAGUCAGGUUAAUAGAACACUCCAAGAUGUCAUUUCAUUGCUUCGUUGUUCUCGGCAAAGUUUAGGAGUGAUGGCAUCGAGCAGAGGUGCUAUUAUUGGACGCCUGGUAUUACAGGAGCCGGGAGAAGAAGGUAUCGACUGUUCUACACUUGGACCGGCAGGACAUGCUAUAACUGGAGACCUGAACUUGUUGAGCAAAGUAGUUUUCAAUUCAGAUGCUCGAUAUAUCAUCAUAGUGGAGAAGGAUGGUAUCUUUCAGAGGCUGGCUGAAGACCACUUAUUCAAUCAGAUACCAUGUAUUCUGAUCACAGCUAAAGGGUAUCCUGACAUGGCAACAAGGUUUAUCUUGCAUCGUUUAACCCAGACGUUUCCAGAAAUGCCAAUCUUUGGUUUGGUUGACUGGAAUCCAGCUGGGCUUGCUAUACUCUGUACCUACAAGUAUGGAAGCAUUACUAUGGGUCUGGAGUCCUAUAGAUACGCUUGCAAUGUUAAAUGGCUCGGAAUUCGAGGAGAUGAUCUGCAUCUUAUCCCUGAAGAGUCGUUGCUCGAGCUAAAACCACGUGAUCUUCAAAUAGCUAAAAGUUUGUUGUCAUCUAAGAUGUUGCAGGAUGCUUACAAAAAUGAAUUGAGAUUGAUGGUCAAGGUGGGACGUCGGGCGGAGAUCGAAGCUUUAUACUGCCAUGGAUUUGAUUUCUUGGGGAAAUACAUUGCAAGAAAGAUUGUGCAAUCUGCUUACAUUUGAUUACAUACUACCAGUUGAGAAUUUAGACAAACUCUCCAGAAAUUUCAUGCUAACUUGACUAGAAUGCUCAACUGCUUCAUUUCAGUUACAUGAGCUCUGAGAAUGACUCGUUUCUGUUCCUGAGGAAGAUUGAAACUGCAAUCCAAGUUCCA